AUGGCUGAGUGCCGGUCCCUGGUGCCACCCUGUUGCCCUUGUCUGUGUUGCAGCACCUACGGGGAGCUGACGAACUGCACAGCGCUGAUUGCCGAGAGGCUCGACUGCUACUGGCCCAACCAGCUGGUGGACGAGUUCUUCGUGGCCGUCCACAAGCAGUACUUCAGGAACUGCUCCCCCUCUGGCCGGGCGCUGCAUGACCCCCCCAACAGCAUCCUCUGCCCCUUCAUCCUGCUGCCCGUCCUCGUCACCCUCCUGAUGACCGCGCUGGUGGUGUGGAGGAGCAAACGCAGCGAGGAGGUACACCCUGCUGCUGGCAUCAGGGAGGGAUGGGGGGGACCCUCCCCUGGAACAUGCUUGGUUUUUGGGAAGACCCUGGCAGAGGAGCAUCAUGGUGGGUACCAAGCCCUGGAGGCAGAGACAGCAGCGCCACUGCUCCUCCCUCGCUGGUACCCUGCACACCGCGCACAUGCCGCUCACCCCGUGGUUUCCAAAUAA